AUGUUGAUCUCUGAUUAAAUUAUAGCAUGACGUUUAAAUAAUAAAAAGCUACUUUUUUAUUUUUUAUUUACUUCAAUUAUGAAAUAGAAGGGAGAGUUUGUAACUGUGUAAUUCUCGACCCAAUUCUUUUCCUUGUUUAGGUUCGUAGCUUUUACCUGAAAUAUUUCUCUGGUAAAUCAAAGACAACAGAGAGAAAUGGAGGCACUAUUGUGCAGAAAACUGGGUGAUCCAACGGUGAGUUUGGAAGACAACGAUAGCUCAAUAGUUUUGUCAAAGAAUCACCCAAUUCCCCAACUCGAUUCUCCCACCGCUGUAAGAGUCAGAAUAAAAGCCACAAGCUUGAACUUCGCCAAUUACCUGCAGAUUUUGGGUAAGUAUCAAGAGAAACCCUCUUUGCCCUUCAUCCCAGGCUCCGAUUUUUCCGGUUACGUCGACGCCGUUGGCCCCAAAGUUUCGAACUUCCGAGUCGGGGACCCCGUUUGUUCCUUCGCCGGACUCGGCUCAUUCGCUCAGUUCAUCGUCGUGGACGAGUCCCAGUUGUUUCGGGUGCCCCAAGGUUGCGAUCUUGUUGCUGCUGGAGCACUUGCUGUGGCUUUUGGCACUUCUCAUGUAGCACUCGUCCACAGGGCCCAAUUGGCCUCUGGUCAAGUGUUGUUGGUUUUGGGUGCAGCUGGAGGUGUGGGCCUUGCUGCUGUGCAAAUUGGAAAAGCUUGUGGGGCCAUUGUCAUUGCUGUGGCUAGGGGAGCUGAAAAGGUGCAACUUUUGAAAUCUCUUGGUGUUGAUCAUGUGGUGGACUUGGGUAGUGAAAAUGUAACAGAGAGUGUGAAGAAGUUCCUUCAGACUAGAAGGCUUAAGGGGGUUGAUGUCCUGUAUGACCCGGUUGGAGGUAAACUCACUAAAGAAUCUUUGCGGCUUCUAAAAUGGGGAGCUAACAUUCUCAUAAUUGGGUUUGCAAGUGGUGAAGUUCCUGUCAUCCCUGUUAACGUAGCUCUUGUUAAGAAUUGGACGGUGCAUGGCCUUUACUGGGGUAGCUAUAAGAUACACCGCCCAGGUGUUCUUGAAGAUUCUGUGAAGGAGCUACUCUCUUGGUUGGCAAGAGGCCUGAUUUCCAUCCAUAUUUCUCACUCAUAUCCCCCGUCAGAGGCCAACUUUGCCUUUUCUGCCAUGAAAGAUAGGAAAGUUAUUGGGAAGGUGAUGAUUGUUUUCGAUGAGAAACAUACAAGAUCUAAGCUGUGACCUUACCAAAAUUAUGCUAUAUUGUUGAAUGUUCUGGGAACGCAAGGUUUGAAGGUUUAAAGCAAUCAAGAUAUGCUAGUACAAGUAAACAAACUAAAAGGAGCAAUAAUUGCCAAAAUUUUGUGCAAAAAAUAUUACCUUGAAGCCCCCACAUUAUUAUGUAAAAUCUUUACUUUAGUGCUACUUACUUGAAAUUUUCUGUACAAUGUUUCAAAGCGGUUUACUUAUUGAUAAAUAGAGAUUUUAGUUCUAUGAUACAGAAACUUAGGUAUUA